AUGUUUGGUUCUUCUAAUGCUUUUGGACAGUCAUCUAACAGCAGUCCAUUUGGGACCCAAACUCCAUCUGUGUUUGGUCAGACCAAUAACGCAAGUAAUAGUCCCUUUGCUCCGAAACCCUUUGGUACUUCAACUCUUUUUGGCGCACAAACAGGGAGUUUCAUGUUUGGGGGCACUUCAACUGGUGUGUUUGGUGCACCUCAAGCUUCCUCCCCUUUUGGUUCUUCAUCACAAACGUUUGGGAGCUCUAGUCCAGCUUUUGGAGCAUCUUCUGCUCCUGCGUUUGGCAGUUCGGCUUCACCUUUUGGUGGCAAUUCUACUUUUGGCUUCUCAACGCCUCAAUCAAAUACUUUCGGAAGCACCACACAGCAAUCACAAUCUACAUUUGGAAACAGUACUUUUGGAUCUACACCUUUUGGUGCCUCUAGCACGCCUGCCUUUGGCUCCACAAACACACCUGCCUUUGGGGCCUCAAGCACUUCUUCAUUCGGCGCCUCGAGCUCACCUGCAUUUGGUGUGACACCCUCUCCUGCCUUGGGUAGUUCUAGCACUAUAUUUGGCAACAAUGCCUUUGGCUCUGGAGGUGCUUUUGGGGUAUCAAGCACUCCUGCCUCUGGGGUAUCAAGCACCCCAUCUUUUAGUUUUGCAUCCUCCCCAGCUUUUGGACAGUCUACCUCAGCAUUUGGUAGCCGUUCCGUUGGUUCUACACAAUCUCCCUUUGGAGUCCAAGGUGCACAGGCUGUAACCCCAACGUUUGGUGGUCAAUCAACUUUCGGGGCUCAACAAGCGGGUAGUAGGGUCAUGACUUAUGCACCUACAACUGAGGCAGAUCAGGGCGGAGGGAAGCUACUAUCUAUAUCUGCUAUGGAAGUAUACAAAAAUAAAACCCAUGAGGAGCUUAGGUGGGAGGACUACCAGCGAGGAGAUAAAGGUGGUCAAUCUCCUGGAGGUACUGGGUUUAGUGUAAAGAAUUCUCAACCAAGUUUGUACUCUCCGUCACUACCUUUUGGUCAGACACCUGCAAAUCCAAAUCCCUUUUUAAGCCCAACAGCCACAAACCCUUGUGCAAAUCAGCCAAGUCCCUUUUCAAGCCCAACAGCCACAAACUCUUUUGCAAAUCAGCCAAGUCUCUUUUCAAGCUCAUCAUCCGCCACAAACUCUUUUGCAAAUCAACCAAGUCUCUUUUCAAGCUCAUCCGCCACACACUCUUUUGCAAAUCAACCAAAUCCCUUUUCAAGCCCAACAACUACAACAAAUCUUUCCUCGCCCUUUGGUCAAACUGGUACUGGUACUGGUACUACCCCAUCGCCCUUUGGUCAAACUGGUACUGGUACCACCCCAUCGCCCUUUGGUCAAACUGGUACUGGUACCACCCCAUUGCCCUUUGGUCAAACUGGUACUGGUACCACCCCAUCGCCCUUUGGUCAAACUGGUUUUCCAGCAACAACAACGCUGCCAUUUGGUCCAUCAAUGUUUGGUUCAAAUCCUGCAAGUGUGUCAACUCCAGCAUUUAGCAUGAGUGGGAAUUUUAACAACAGUCAGUCAUCUCCGCUGUCUAACUCAAACCCCUCAUUUCCGCAGCCUAGUACUUCUUCUGCGCUUGGACAGAAUACCAAUCCUGGAUUUGCCCAAGCAACAACCAACUCUCCCUUUGGUCAAACAACAACGCCUGCUGGUUUGACACCUUACCUGCCAGCUCAGCCAGCUCAAACAUCAGGUCCGUUUGGUUUCAACAACUUUGGUCAAACCCAAACUGCUAACUCAUGUAUGUUUUAUGUUCUAAAGCUAAUCCAACUAGCUCUACCGGUGGAUCUUUCAGUCAAGGCAACUCUGGGCAAACCUGCGUUGGCUAACUCUGCCGUUAUGCAACCAGUCCCUGUUACAAACCCAUAUGGAACGCUUCCUGCAUUGCCUCAGAUUUCAAUUGCUCAAGGUGGAAAUUCACCUUCGAUUCAGUAUGGAAUCUCCAGCAUGCCUGUUCCAUUCUUCAGUGAUGAAGAGAACUCCAAUACACCAAAGGCGGAUGCCCUUUUCAUACCAAGGGAAAACCCUAGAGCUUUGUUUAUACGCCCAGUUGCAAAGGAAAAGUCAGCACCGCCAAAGGAUAGCGCGACCCCGUUUCAGGAGAAUGGUAAAAGUUCGAAUGGGGUUACUAAUGAAGCUAACCGUGAGACUGCAGUUAAGAAUAACAGUGAAGUUCGUGAUGUUCCUCCAGUCAAAGCCAAUCAAAAAUCAAACGGGAGACAUGAUCAAAAUCAUGGAGGCGACAAAAACGGUUCAAACAGUUCACCAAGUAGAGCAGAUAUUGAAUCAGUUAUGCCAAAGCUGCAUCACUCUGAGUACUUCACUGAACCUCGGAUCCAAGAACUAGCUACGAAGGAAAGGGUUAAUCCAGGUCAUUGCAAGCGGGUAAGGGACUUUGUUGUUGGGAGACACGGUUACGGCAGUAUAAAGUUUCUAGGAGAGACGGAUGUUCGUAAACUGGACCUGGAGAUGCUGGUUCAGUUCAAUAACCGGGAAGUGAUUGUGUACAUGGACGAGAGCCAGAAACCGCCAGUUGGUGAAGGACUGAACAAGCCUGCGGAAGUGACUUUGCUGAACAUAAAAUGUAUGGACAAGAAAAGCGGGAAACAAGUGACGGAAGGAUCGAGGUUGGACAAGUAUAAGGAAAUGCUCAAGAGGAAAGCUGAGGAACAAGGAGCUCAGUUUGUGUUUUAUGAUGCUGUGAAUGGCGAGUGGAAGUUUAGGGUCGAGCAUUUCAGUUCCUACAAGCUUGGAGAGGAAGAUGAUGUGUAG